AUGUCAGAUGUCAGAUGCAAGGCGGUGGAGGUUUCAGCUGAUUGCGCGCGGAUGUCAGCCUACAUUUCACACCUCUGCGUCAAGGUUUAUCACAGCGACGAAUCCGCCGAACAUCCACAAGACGUUGGUACACUGAGCGUCUGUUCUCGACAACAACAACCACCGGAACGCCACGCCGGCACCAUCAACGAGAACAACGUAACUCGCAGCCAGGAAGACAUGGCUCGAAUCGAGAUGAGUGACUUCGACAACGACCAAUACUCCGACGUCAUAGUCAAGAUCUACGUAGGCGUCGAUGAGCAGUCAGACUGUCGGACGUUCCGCUGCCACAAGCUCGUACUCGGGAAGGAAAGCGACUUCUUUGAGAAAGCGUUCAACAAGAAUAGCAGAUUUGCAGAUGCCAACUCGGACGUGUGCAAAUUGUUCGAACAUAAUUUGGAUGUUAUGGAGGCCUACCUAAAGGGACGCUAUAGGUUCGCGCCGAGUAACGCGGAGACCGCGGACUGGGAAUUUAUGCUGGAGCUCGCUCACAUCGCGAGCAGGUAUAGAAAUUCUAAGGAGGCGAGACACUACUGGCACGAGUUCCGCUGUGCACUUAAGAAUACGUGGGAGAAUGCGCGCGCUACGGCGCUAGAGCACGCCACAGAGGUGCUGAAGAAGUUGUUGCUCUCUUAA